CCAGCACUGCAGGGGGAAAAGCUCAGUGUGCACGCUUGAGAACUUGCUGAGGAGAACACGUGGGGGAAUUCCAGGACUGGUGAAAAUUUAAGAAGAAGGUAGAAGGAUGGAACUGAAAYRUGGAUAUGUGUUGACAAAGGAGUUGGAAUAAGACUGAGUCCUGCUCUGUGAUAUUUAUAUACAUGGACCAUGAACUUGCUGYUUGGCUUCAUGCUUUAGGAACCUYUGUAGUAACUGUGUGAAGCUGUUGGGAAUCAUGGCAUUCUCUCCAUGGAAGCUGUCCUCCCAGAAACUUGGCUUUUUUCUGGUGACUUUUGGUUUUAUUUGGGGAAUGAUGCUUCUGCAUUUUACCAUUCAGCAGCAAACACAACACGAAAGCAGUUCAGUCCUGCGUGAGCAAAUUUUGGAACUCAGCAAAAGAUACAUCAARGCAUUAGCUGAAGAAAAUAAAAAUGUGGUUGAUGGGCCUUAUGUUGGGACAGUGACAGCAUAUGAUUUGAAGAAGACACUUGCUGUCCUGCUGGAUAAUAUCUUGCAGCGCAUUGGGAAGUUGGARUCCAAGGUGGAAAAUCUUGUACUUAAUGGAACAGGAGCAAACUCGACCAACAAUACUACCACCUCUGCUCCCAGCUUAGGAGCAGCUGAAAAGCUUAAUGUAGCAGAUCUCAUAAAUGGAGCCCAGGAACAGUGUGAAUUGCCUCCUAUGGAUGGUUUUCCUCACUGUGAAGGGAAAAUAAAGUGGAUGAAAGAUAUGUGGCGAUCGGAUCCCUGUUAUGCGAGUUACGGUGUAGAUGGGUCCACAUGCUCCUUUUUUAUUUACCUCAGUGAGGUUGAAAAUUGGUGUCCUCGUUUACCUUGGAGAGCAAAAAAUCCUAAUGAAGAAACUGAUCAAAAAACAAUGGCUGAAAUCCGUAUCAACUUUGAUAAUCUCUACAAAAUGAUGUCGAGGCACGAGGAGUUCAGGUGGAUGAUGUUGCGCAUCAGGCGAAUGGCUGAUACCUGGAUUGAAGCCAUUAAAUCACUUGCAGAAAAASAAAAUUUGGAGAAAAGAAAGCGGAAAAAGGUCCUUGUUCAUUUGGGGCUUUUGACAAAAGAAUCUGGAUUCAAGAUUGCAGAAAAUGCGUUUAGCGGUGGCCCACUUGGUGAAUUAGUCCAGUGGAGUGAUUUAAUUACAUCUCUGUACUUACUGGGCCAUGACAUCAGGAUUUCAGCUUCACUGGCAGAGCUCAAGGAAAUUAUGAAGAAGGUUGUAGGGAACAGAUCUGGCUGCCCAACCCAGGGGGAUAAAAUUGUAGAACUCAUCUACAUUGAUAUUGUGGGACUGACUCAGUUUAAGAAAACCCUUGGUCCAUCAUGGGUUCAUUACCAGUGUAUGCUAAGAGUUCUGGAUUCCUUUGGGACUGAGCCAGAGUUCAACCAUGCCCAUUAUGCCCAGUCUAAAGGCCACAAGACACCAUGGGGAAAGUGGAACCUUAAUCCACAGCAGUUUUAUACAAUGUUCCCUCACACUCCAGAUAACAGCUUCCUUGGAUUUGUGGUAGAGCAGCAUCUGAAUUCCAGUGACAUUAAACACAUCAAUGACAUCAAAAGGCAGAAUCAAUCCCUCGUUUAUGGCAAAGUAGAUAAUUUCUGGAAGGACAAGAAGGCUUAUCUGGAUGUCAUCCACACCUACAUGGAGGUCCAUGGGACUGUUCAUGGGACAAGCACCAUGUACAUUCCUGGCUAUGUAAAGAACCACGGAAUACUCAGCGGGCGGGAUUUGCAGUUUCUUCUGAGAGAAACCAAACUGUUUGUUGGUCUUGGAUUUCCAUAUGAAGGGCCRGCUCCCUUGGAGGCUAUUGCAAAUGGAUGUGCUUUCCUAAAUUUAAGAUUCAACCCACCAAAAAGUAGCAAAAACACUGAUUUUUUCAAAGGCAAACCUACACUCCGAGAGUURACAUCUCAGCAUCCUUAUGCUGAAGUUUACAUUGGGAAGCCCCAUGUGUGGACUGUGGACAUCAGCGAUCUUUCUGAGGUUGAGAAGGCUGUGAAAUCCAUUUUGAAUCAAAAGAUUGACCCUUAUUUGCCCUAUGAAUUUACCUGUGAGGGAAUGCUGCAGAGGAUGAACGCCUUCAUUGAAAGACAGGAUUUCUGUCACGGGCAGGUGAUGUGGCCCCCAUUAAGUGCCCUUCAAGUAAAAAUUGCUGAACCUGGAAAAUCCUGUAAGCAAGUUUGUCAGGAAAGCCAGCUCAUCUGUGAGCCUUCCUUCUUCCAGCAUCUCAACAAGGACAAAGCCCUGCUUAGGCACAACAUCGAAUGUCUGUCCGUGGAGUCUGCCAACGACAUUCUGGUCCCCUCUUUCGAUGCACGGAGGAAGCACUGUGUUUUCCAAGGUGACCUGCUGCUGUUCAGCUGUGCUGGCUCCCACCCCAGCCACAGAAGGGUGUGCCCCUGCAGGGACUACAUCAAGGGGCAGGUUGCUCUCUGCAAGGAUUGCCUAUAGCAGCGGGGGCUGCUCCGCGGGACAGCGCGUGAGUAGUUGGGACACAGCUCCUCAGUCCUUCUGCACUUUGCUCCGGCUUUUCCGCCGCAGGCAGAGCUAWCCUUGCUGGGCACAGUUAUCCCCUAAGAGAGGAGGGAUAAAUAAACAGCUGUAACUGAUCUUUUCUUCCUGUAAGGACGCUUGCAGUGUCGCUCUUCAGAUUCCUUCACCCGUUUGCGAAGAGAAACGAGUCUCAUGUUCGACAGUGAUUUGAAGAUGACUGCACAGAAUAGUUUGUAGAAAAUUUCCAGACCCAUCAAUCUUCUGGUUUUGUUGUUUGGGUGAAGUGUUUUCUAUUUUUUUAAUGAGUUAGGUCAUCCCCUGUCAUGGUUAGCUAAAGGAUCUUAGCUUCAUUCCAGUAGRAAAUGGAAAAAAGUGUGCUUAGGGAGGGGAUGCUGGGGAAGGAGGACUAACAUUUUAUUCAAGGUGCACUGGUUUGGGUACAGCUUUGGCUUGAAUGACUACAAAGUGGUUUACUUCACAAGAACUUGGAAUCAUGAGAGAGCUCUGUACCCUGUUAUUGGGUUGUUUGGGCCCAGGGUUGUUUUUUUUUUUUCCGUUUGUUUUUUUUAAAUUAAAUCUUUGUAUACAACAAGGUAUUGUCUGCAUCACAGCUGCUGCACCAGAGCAGCCUAAGCWGAGUGUCACAAAUGAGCAAACAGGCAGUGACACAUCUUGGUGACUGCACAGCUCGCUGGGGUUGUGGCAUUCUUCAGUGUGGAAAAGCUACAAAAACAUCCAACCAUUUUUGGAAUGGACUCAUCACAGUUUACUGGUCCCAUUUAGAGGGUAAUCCUYGGAAAUUGCCCACGCUUCUGUUGUAGUCUGUCUACUAGAAAUACUGUGUGAAGCAAAAAGUAUUCAGCACCAUUGGAGCAAUAUUAUCGUUAGAGCCUCAGUUUGCUAUGGCUUCCAGUAGUUAAAGUGUUGCUGAAUGACAUAGAAAGGUUAAAUUAAGCUAACUAUAAUUAUUGUAUGGUAGAAAUGUAAAAUGUCUUCAUAACUAGCUAGGUUUUUUAAGAGAAUUUUUUUCUGGAGAACAAGUAAGAGACAAAGAACUGCCAAGAAAAUAAUGAAUCAAUCCUUGUGGUUUCUUUGAUUGUUUUUCUGGUUUUUAGGGGGCUGUUUGUUUCUUCCUUUUUUUUUUUUCUUUUGGCAGGCACACCAAUUACAAAUGUAGAAGGAAACAAUACAAGAAUUCAGAAUUCAAAUCAAACCUUUUUGUUUCUUUGGAGCAGCAAGUUAACUCUUCUAAACCGCCUUCUUUUUAUAGAGAUAAUUUUUGUUAUUUUCAGCAGAAGGUGACAUGCUUGACAGCACCAUUUCUAGUCAGGAAGUUAAGAUUAGUAAGAAACAAAUCUGCAGUCAGAGUCUGCAGGUUUGCAGUUUAAAAGUGCUCACACCAUGCUGGAAAAAAAAAAAUCAGCACAAUUUUUUUUUUCAUACAGAUUAUCAGGUAGUAAUGAAAGGCACAGAUGCUUUUCAUUUUCCUUUCUUGGACAUAUCUYAUUGGCUCAGAUUUUUCUUGUAAGCAGUGCCCAUUAUCUGUGUGGAAAUAUUGAUGGACCUAGUGACCUACCAAAGAGCAGGCAAGGGAGAUGCUAUUCACCGUGGAUAAAUCCUCCAGAACAGUCUAGAUUUUAACUUUCCAUUUCAAAGCAGUGAAUGAGCCUUUUCAAGCAUUUGGYUUCCAGUCUCACCACUCCAGUGUUAGCCUGUAACAGCCUAAUACUGGGAGGUUGUUGAGUAUCCAAAAAAGGGUCUGUGGGAGUUGAACAGCAGGGUCACCAGGAUCUGGGUUUGAUGAUGUGAAAAGCUGUUGUAUUUUAGUGUAAUUUUCCAGAAACAGAACAGCUGGGUUCUGUGAUGGGAGGCCAACUUUUUGUAUGAAAAGAAAACAAACGCAAACCAGUAUGAAAAUCCCUCCUGUUGCCAUAGCUCAGCMUUUGCUUCAGACAGCACAAAUGUAGUUUACUACUUCUAGUUUUACCAAACUGAAAAAGCUGGGGGAGGACGGUUGGAAAUGGGUUUGAGUAGGCACAACAAUUCAUUCUGUAUUUAUAUAAAAUAUCCCCUCAUACCUGUGCAUAUUGGUGCAGCUAGAAAAUCCUGCAUAUCACAUUGUGUGAAYUUCCAGCUGGUGCUGAAAGCAAAGCCAGCAGCAGGACUUGGCCUGGCCAGUUCAGCCUGASUUUCUUCAGGCAGGAAUUUAUUUCRGACUGGGAUAUCACAGAAUUCUGUUGGAAACAAAGGUUUGUGCKUGUGCACUUAAAGGAUGCAGAACACAUGGGUUCUGCUCUUGUGUCAUUCCUUGCUGUAAAUACCUGUUUGCUUGGUUCCCCCUGCUGUAKGGCCCACAUGGCAAUACUUACUGCAUUUGAGUUUGCCUCUAAAGAUGGGAGGGGUUUGCUAUUUGUUAUUGUAAGAUUUUCUGGUCUAGUGCUUUGCUCAAUGCUAAGUUUGCCUUUACCACAGCAGGGAGAGUUUGUUAUAAGCUCUGUUUUUUCGUGCUGUAGCACUGUUUCUAGUCUGCUGAACUGAAUUACUGCAUUCUGGCAAAAAUGAAACAGCAGCACUGAUGCCGCUUGCGUUUCAGCCAGGGACAGAACAUCCAAAUUGGCUUCAGAGYCAGUGGUCUCUGAUCUUAUUUCCACUGAAACCUAGAGAGAAGAYUCAUUAAUCUUGAAGAAAAAGGAAUCAAGACCUACAGCUUCAGUGUAAAUUCCUGUCAAAGGAGACUAUCAUGAGAACUGUAAGUGCAYAGACUCUGUAAGCACUGCUCACUGAGCUUCACACGCUCCCCGUCACGCAGCCGCGUUCCCUUGUGAGAAAUAAGUGAAUCCCUCUGCAGAUAAACACUCAGGCAAAUCCAUGGGGACUAGGGAAAAGUUUGGAUUAUUUACUAAAACCUKUAAUAGAUCUCCACAUUUCAGGACAGCAGGCAGCCUUCUGUCCAAGUUCCAUAACAAUUUCCUAAAUAAACUAUAUAUAGUUUAUAUAUAUAAAUAAAGAAUAAAGGUAUGAUCCAAUCCUUGCACUUCAGCAAGGACAUCAGAGAGGGGACCAUGCUGCUGUUUUCAGUCUGACAGUAGAGCUUGCAGCUUCCUUUGCUCASAAGUCAGGCUUUUGCAUGACUGCAUUUGAAUAUAUUGAUCUGCGAUUGACGGGCAAAAAAUGUCAAAAGUUGAAUACAAAACCAUUUUACAGGCUUUUAAACAUAUCUCUCAUAUCAAGACAUUCUUUGUUUUAAAAUUUUGUAUUUUUGUAUGUGACCUAGUUUUUUUCAAAAAUCUUGUUCCUACGGGAUUAGAAAACUUGAGAGAAACAUUUACAUAUUUAUUAAAAUUAACAUAAAAGGCUUGCCUUUGAAAGGUAAAGUUGGUAAAUACACACUGUUUAAAAAUGCCAAUAAAAACCUCAUUUAUUUCAUAUAUGCAAGUUGAUUUGCACAUGUAUAAAUAGAGUUGCUUUUUGCAUUUUUUGCUUAGUUUCUAUGUUUCUUUUUGUAAUUUAUAGUUGCAGCAGUGUGUUUGCUUGUUUAUAUCAGAUUAUGUUUCUACAAAUAUUUAAUGUUCAUGUGCCUUUUUUACUUUCUUUGGGGUUUGGAUGCGUGUUUGGAAAAUGGACACUGUCUGAACAAGUAUAAUGGAACACUAAUUCCAGGUAAAUAGUGCUGAUGAYUCUGCAUCUUAGUGGUGUGAAUUUUGAAUGUUUUUAAGUAGUGGAGAAAUUUGUUCUAAAACUAUAAGGCUUAAUAAGAUAAAAUAUACUAUAACUUUUAAUAAUUCUUGCAAAACAUUGCUUCUGCAAGCAGAAUGCAAUUUACUGAGAAUCUGUGAUUUGGCAUGAGAGCUCCUGCUGGGACGGGAUGUCUGUUCAAUGACCAGGGAGCAAAGGAAAGCCAUGAACAUUCCCCAGGGAGACCAUGAUAACAGAAAACCUCCAGGAACAGCCAYGUCUGAUUGGAUGGGCAGGAAAGGUGGAGAUCCACAUUGAGGUUUGUGAGGUGUUGGUGUUUGAGAUAAAGAUGUCUCUGCAUGGGGCAGUUCCUGAUGCUACCAGCUGAACUGUCAGCUCUUGGUGGGGAGGGAUGGUUCAGCUUCUUGCAGAUUUAUUUUAUUUUUAAUGSUAGUAUUUUGCAGAACAGCUUCUGAUCAGAUUUCAGUUGGGAUGGGGUUGUGGCCAGAGCCAGGACUCUGCAGCUUCCCAGCUCCACUCUGCUCCAGGCCACUUGUGUCAGCUUUUGCACCCUGCUGCUUGUCAAGGAUUCUGACUCGUUGAAAAUUUCUCUUGAUAUYAUCAGCUCCAAAUCAGGUUUUCAUGUUGUGCCACUGUCCUUUGAAAUCCUAGUCAGCAUCCUUGAUUUGUCCUUGAUAUGAAAGACAUGCCCUCCCCUCUCAGGCAUGUGUAGCCCAUGUGAAUUGCAAAGGGCAUUUAUGAGUUUGCUGCACUGUUCACGUAAACAAAAUCCAAAUUGCUUUCUCAGGUAUGUCUUUUGCUCAUAGUUCAUUUCAGGACCAGAUUCUGCUAGAAAAAUAAAUUAAAUGGGAUGAAUCAAGCUGGAUACAAUCUCAUCCAAGCCUAAUUAACUUCGUGACUCCCACUGGCUUCUGUGAUAGCACAACUCCUCCAUUAAUGUUUCUUAAAAUUAAAAAACAUCCCUCCCUUUUUAAUAAGUGUUAAGCACUGUAUCUUACAUGAUAAAGACCGAACACUUGCAGGGCAUAUUGCACACACAUCAGCAGCCAGUUUUUCCUGCAGUCACAACAUAGAUCAGCUCUGACUAAGCUGAUGUUACUGAUUAAUUAUUAUUAAUUAAAGUAUCAGUUGAAAACAUGGUUAAAUUACUGUUCAGUCAACAGCUGGGAGUCUGAGGGAUGGUGUUCUUGUUGUUUGCUUAUUUUUAGGGAGACUGGGAGUUUUCAAUUUCUAAUUCCACAGUCUUUUUUCCAGAGGUGCUAACAUUUGGCAUAGUUGUUUCCUUGUGAUGUUUGUCCUGCAGCUGCUAUGCCUUCAACUUCUGACUUGUGCUCCCUUUCCAUCUGUAGUUCUCUUUUGGUCCCAUUGUUGUAGGGAUUGCUGUAAAGUCAAGGAGAAUAAUGCACUGACAGCUGUAGGUUUUCAUUGGGGCUGAAAAGGCCAGGGACUUGGAGGAUUUCAUUAAGAUCUGCUUUAAUAAUAUUGCUUUAAAUGUGAYGUCAAAAUAUACCAUUUUAUGGGCAGUGACUUAAAUCUCAUCUACACAUUUUCAAGCAGUUCUGUUGAUUGUUCAUUUUUUUUCUGUAUUAGUUUGUAAUUUCCAAAUACUACCUUUAAAUUGAAUGUGUAAACAGUUACCCCACAUAUGAAGUGUAAAAUGUUUACUGUAGGAAUGUGUUGAAAAUUGCAGAGGCUGGACCCCAGAGUGCCUCCRAUGUCAGGCAUCCUUCAUUGUUCUUUCUUCCAGGAAAGGAAACAAAGUGCAGCCCUUGCUGAUGUGCCUUGCACGCUGGGACCUAUCCAUUUUUAUGGGUGUCAUCCUUUGCAUAUUCAUGUAAUUAGGAACUCACAAAAGUGUGUUCCAAUUCAGCAGACCUCUCUCAAGAGCGCUAAGCCACCUGAUUAUUAAAUGGGUAAAUAAAACCAGGUCCUCGAGGUUUUGAUAAAAUGAAUAAUAACUUCACCCUGAAUACACAGACUGCUUUAAAAAAUUGGUUAUGCUCAAGUGAUUGAAAAAUCACUUCUCUGUGCUAGGAAAAUCAGCACAGGUGUCAUUUACUCAGGUGGGUGUGCACAGGAGCAGAAUUUGUCACCUCGUGUUGGGGCUCCCAGAACUGAAGCAUUGAGCUGUCCCCAUGGCCACCAAAACACGUGGCUUCUUCUGGUGCAGGAAAAACCCAUCUGUGUUGUCCCUGCAAACAGCAGCCGUGGGUCAGUGCAGAGCCUGUGUCCUGGGCUGGAAGGAGAGUGUGUAAAUAAYGCUGUGACAUUUCCCGGAGCCACCCGGGCACACGUACAUGUCACACCGCUGCCUCGGCCUCCAGCAGCUGCAAAGUAGUUUGAACUAUCAAAUAGGUACAUGAUAAAUCAAGUUAAACUGCUGUCUGAGGGCAGUUAAUUUUAGUAGUGUUAUWCCCAGAACUAAUUUAUGUUCGUUAUCAGGUCUGUUGCAGUACAGUGAGAGUGAAAAAUAUUUUUGAGGAGUCGUGGGUUUCAUUUGGUUUUUGCUAGGAAUGCAGCAGAGGAGGAGGGAAUGGUGGUUUCUGCUAAAGGAAAAAAAGAGAGUGAAUUUCAUGAGAAAAUUUACCCUGAAGAUUCUGAGAGCUAAAAGAAAAAUAUCAGGGAAUAUUUACAAAGCUAAUUUGGGCUUGGAGACGUUGAUCCUGCUGAGCUUGUUGGGCUGACCACUGCAGGGAGAUUCCCCAGAGUGCAAUUUGGGGCAGCUCUUUGGGUUCUGGUCUGCAUCAUUCCCUGGAGGAGUCUCCCUCUUCAUGGGUGAAGAGGGUCAGAGUCUGAAUGAGCCCUGUAGCAAUGUAAAUUGGAAAAAAAACCCUACUGAAAUAACUAAAAUACUGCUUUUAGCAAACAAUAAUGUGGAGGCAAUGAGGGGUUUUAAAUGUACAGAAGAACUUCAGGGUCAGGCUGGUACUGUGGGGUGUUUGGUUUGAAUUCUCCCCUUUCAGGUUGAUCCUUUGUUUUAUUUCAAGUGUUGUGUUCCACUAUAUUACGUUCAAGCAGUUGGAUUCAAACAGAACAGAAUGCAGUGGUUCCGAUACUGCCAAGUUCCUGGGGUUCAAUAGGAUGGGAUUUUUUUUAACUUUUUUUUUUUUUAGAACAGUAAAUGUCUGUACUUUAAUGGCAUAGAAAAAAAAUGCUUUGUUUUCACUGUUGUAGAAAAAAACUAGGGAGAAUUUAUUUUUCAAUAAACUUUUUUCUUGUGUGAUUUGGA